AGACGACGUCAUCAUCCGCCAGCAUGAAGGUCGUGUACAUUGGUAUCUUCAACAACGAGGCCAAGCCUGCCGUCGAGCUGACACACGAGAGCGACCUAUCGUCCUACGGUCGCUUCACAAGGGGCAGCAUCGCCGAAUUCUUGACCUUCUUCGCGGGUGAAGUUGCCCAGCGCACAAGGCCAGGGCAGAGACAGGAUGUCGAAGAGAAGGAGUACACAUUCCACGCCUACGGCCGCACAGAAGGCGUCUGCGGCAUCGUAAUCACCGACGACGAAUACCCCACCAUGGUUGCCCACCGCGUCCUCUCCAAAAUCGUCGACGAAUUUGUCUCCAAAUACCCGCGCACCGCCUACACAAACUUCACAAAGGGCUCGCCCCAGCUCUCCUUCCCCGAGCUCAAACAAUACAUCUCGCAGUACCAGGACCCCGCGCAGGCCGACAGUAUUGUGAAGAUCCAGAAGGAGCUUGACGAGACCAAGAUUGUGCUGCAUAAGACGAUUGAGAGUGUGCUGGAGAGGGGCGAGAAGAUUGAUAAUCUCGUGGCGAAGAGUGAUGGGUUGAGCGCGCAGAGCAAGAUGUUUUAUACCCAGGCGAAGAAGCAAAAUUCUUGCUGUGUGGUCAUGUAGAGAUCGUGUCUGGAACUUGAGGAGCGAAGAGCGAGGAGCGAAGAGCGAGGAUUGCGAGUCUGUGGAUCGAUGGAUCGGGGCUGGCAAGGCGUUGGGUUUGUAGUUUAUUGGGGUUGUGCAAUGAACAUACCCUUUGAUUGUCACACGUAUUGGGGCUUGGAUCUGUCGUUACGCUGGCAUUUGGUAUGAAGGGUGUACUUAUCGAUGCUUGAGCAGGGCAUGCCGUGCAGCAUCACACGGAGUGACAUGUUUCGGACGUGGAAAUUGAUUGCAUGUGAAUGAUUUCGUUGAUGAAUUAC